ACGAGUGCGGCCCAGUCUCCAUUUUCAAAUUGUCACCAUGGUUCGCAUCACUGGCACCAUUUCACUUGCCUAUGUCUACGUUGUGGGGGCCCAGCAAGAACUUUUUCAAUGGCAGCCGUGCGCGUUCUCUGAAGACCCUCGCCUCGAGUGCGGAUCCCUGCGAGUCCCCCUGAACCACUUGCAUCCGUCGGUCAACGAAACGAUUGACAUUGCCGUUCGCCGAUAUCGAGUCGAGAACGGAACCCAGAGCUUGGGCACAAUCUUGGUCAACCCCGGCGGGCCUGGCCACCAUGGAACUGCCAUGGCUUCGGCGGGCCUGGCCACCUACCUCGGGGGACAGUACGACGUCUUGGGCUUUGACCCGCGGGGCGUGGGGUUGUCUCGUCCGGCCCGCUGCACCAAGAACGGAUACACGUCCUUGCGCGAGUGGCCCAGCCUUAGCAACCUCCCUUUCGACUCGCCCACGGCCGAGAAAUCGUUGGCACGAUAUGGAGCCAGUCUCGAGGCUAUCGUGCGUCGGUGCGAAAAGUACGACGGCCAGUACCUCAAGUACUUGUCCACGUCGUUCGUGGCGCGGGACAUGGACCUGAUUCGGGCCGCGUUGAACGAAUCCGUGGUCAACUACUAUGGCGUGUCGUACGGCUCGACACUGGGGGCCACAUACGCCAACAUGUACCCCAACCGCGUGGGUCGAUUCGUCAUUGAUUCGGUGCUGGACCCGACUCUGUACACGGGGCCCCCGUCGAACUUGCUGGCCAAAUCCACCGUCGAUGCGGACGAGACGUUUGACGGGUUUGCCGACGCGUGCGAAAAGGCGGGGCCGUUGAAGUGUCCUCUCGCGUACGCCGCGCAAGUCGGCAAGCGCGUUCGUGCGUUCUUGGCCGGAAUGGUGGAAUCCCCCCUCCUCGUGCCCGCGGGGGACGACUUCUCCGUCCUCACCGCGGCCGACGUUCGGGCCAACAUCUUGAACACUCUGUACCGACCGGGACAGUGGCUGGGCCUGGCGCAUCGACUGCACAGUUUGAUGGAAGGCACGUACGAGGCGUCCCCUGUGGACGAGGUGUGUCCGCUCACGGACUCGUCGUACCUUGGCAUGGGCAUGGAGUUUUCCAUUUACAUUGGCAACGACGGCGACUCGGAGAGAGCGCAGGAUUGGCACGGCGCCCUUCGAGAGGCGAAGCGCAAGAGCCCGCUGUUCGGGAUGCAGUUUGCUUCGUACGCCCUCCCUGCUCGGUACUGGAAGGUUCGUCCCGUCGAGCGGUACUCUGGUCCGUGGAACACCAUGCUGCGCCAGCCCAUCUUGAUCCUGCAAAACAAACUCGACCCCGUGACCCCCCUGCGAAGCGCGCGAGCUCUGGCCAAGACCAUGGGCACCAACGCCGUCUUGGUCACGCGCGACGGGUUCGGCCACGAAACGAGCAGCACCCCCAGCAAGUGCAUCCAAAACACCCUCACGGCGUUCUUCAGCAACGGCACGUACCCCAAGCACAACUCCAACUGCAAAGUGGACAUGGGCCCGUUUGAUGGCGCCGGCCCCCAUGCUGCACGACGAGCCUUGGCAGACAAGAUGGAGGCCGCGAGGCAGGAAGUGACCAAGAUCUUGACCCAAGCCCGACAACCCAUGUUAUAGUCAAGGUUAGACUUUAACGUUUUGACACGUAGUGUACCUAAUUGCUACUGUGCAUCAGGAUUAUCGUCUUUAAGGUCGUCG